UAACUUAGUUCCACUCCCAAGUCACAGUUAAUUUCUUAUCGCAAUAAACAACCUACAUUUCGCAGGGGAAAUUACUUGACCCCCCCCAGCAGAAGCAGACACACGCAAGCACACACACACGCACGUUGCCAGGACGACCAAAAGGGACCCGAGUCCGAGCACGUGACAGCUCGGUGUCUUCGUGUGAGCUUCGGACGGACUCCGGGACGCGUCGGCGCUGCGCAGGUCCCUUCUAGUGUGUCGCUGCAGAAAGAUGGAGCUCUCUGCGGUUGGGGAUCGCGUUUUCGCCGCUGAAUCCAUCAUCAAACGACGCGUCCGAAAGGGUCGCAAUGAAUAUCUUGUUAAAUGGAAAGGAUGGGCCAUCAAACACAGCACAUGGGAACCAGAGGAAAAUAUUUUGGAUGGUAGACUGAUAGCAGCAUUCGUCCAGAAGGAGAGAGAGAGGGAGCUCUACGGGCCCAAGAAACGAGGACGCAAGCCCAAAGCGCUCCUGCUCAAGACUCGAGGCCAAACAUCUGAGCCGUCGUCCCGAAUCCCAGACCUCAGCCAUUACCGCGCUCCAGCCGGCUCUUCCAAACCCUCCUCUUCCUCAGCUGCCCCUGCGGCCUCCCUGCGGUCCUCCCCCUCUUUAGCCCCCUCCCCCAAGCUCCAGUCCGGAGCCGCUCACCACAAACUGAAGAAAGACAUUCGCCGCUGCCACCGCAUGUCCCGGCGUCCCCUGCCCCGCCCAGACCCCCUGGCCCCGCCCCCCAACUCCUUGUCCAGCCCCUCCUUCUCCUCCCGCCCGCCCGUCUCUCCCUUCUCAGAGACGGUGCGCAUCCUGAACCGCCGAGUCAAACCGCGCGAGGUCAAGCGGGGCCGCAUCAUCCUCAACCUGAAGGUCGCCGACAAACCGGGCGGCGCCGGCGGCAGCGGGCCGGCCAAUAGGAGGCCACCACUGCCCCACAGCCACCCGGCCUCCCGCCUCUCCCAGCCGGGGGGCUCCAGAGUCCCCUCCCGAGACCGCAUCAUCGGCAGGAGCGGGAAGAGGCUGAGCGAGGCGCCUUACCGAGGGCCCCCGCUCCGGCUGCCGGGGUUCCCCAUGUACGGGAAGCCGUACGGGGUGCAGCAGGUGGGGCCAGCUGCGGCUCGCGCCGAAACUGGGACAGGGUUCCCCUCCAGGGCCCGGGGAGAGAAAGGUGACCCCGUUUCCUCCCCCUCCCGCGGUCCCGCCGCCGUGAAUUCGGGCGGGAGGAGGAACCAGCCGCCCCUCUCCCUCUCCAGCUCCAGUGGCACAGACAGCAACCCCCCCUCCCCUCCCCGAAUCCAGGCCACGCCCCCUCAGCCCCAGCAGGCCCCCCCAGCCUCAGGAGCCUCCCCGCCACCCCCGAAACUCAGCCCCGAGCCCCCGGAGCGCAAGCAGAACACCGCGCCCUUCCUGCCGCCCGCCCCCUCUGUCUUCCUCUCCUCCUUCGCUUCCUCCUCUUCCUCCUCCCCCUCUUCCAGCGAUGACGAAGAGGAGAUCCUGGACCUGUCCGUGCCGCAGGAGGGGAGGCCAGGCGGGGGCCGGUGGCUCCGCCGACGCCGCCAGGGCAAGGCCCCCCCGUCCGGCGGCCCCCCCCUCCUGUCCCCCGAGCGCCCCCAGGACGCGGCCGAGGACGACCCGGCCUGGAACCCCGAAAUGGUGCCCUGCUGCGCCAACGUGGUGGUGACGGACGUCACCGCCAACCUCCUCACCGUCACCAUCAAGGAGUUCUGCCGCCCGCCGGAGUCCGACAAGUCCCCGCCCCACUCGCCUUCCCCGGCCGCCGUCCCGCCCUCCCUCACCCCCCAGCCCAAACCGUGAAUAGGAAGGACACCCCACCCUUGCCCCCCUUUCCUUUUAAAAAGCACUCAAAUCUAAAAACCCCACUUCUGUCUCGGUCCAGUCCCCCACACACACAUUUGCUGUGUGUAAGUACUGUAUUUAAUGUGUAUAUCGGUAAUAUACAGUUUUUACAGGGCUUUUUGUUUUUUGAGUAAUGUAUUUAAGCUGACACUUAAUCCCAGAGGCUGUAUAAUGUGUUAAUUCCUACAGUCUGCACUUUGGUUUACAGCACAUGUCAGUAUAAUGUAUGAAUUUAUUCACACUUUUUUUUGUGCUCUGUUUGGUUUAAACUAGCAAUACUCGUACACACGUGAAUCGGUAGUUACUGUAGUGCGUAAUGCUGCAGUUUCCUAGUUGGCGCACAUGCAUGCUGGCCUAUAUGAGCUUUUGUGGGUGUGUAUGUUUGUGUGCCAGCGCAGUACUGUAGCUCAGAGAGGCUUCACAGGACAGUUAAACUGUAUUCUCUGGUUUCACAUCCAUCCGAUUCCGAAUGUCCUGCACGACUCUAAACUGGCUCUUUCGUACGGACGCCACGGACUGCGCUUAGGGUGCGACACCCCAUCUAGAGAAAGAGAACGACCUCUCGGUAAAAAAAGACUGGGGCUGUGUUUUACCCUCAUCAGCCCCGCCUCCCUUUUGGGUGCUUUUGGCUUUUAUUCCCGCGGCGUGGUUGAGAAAGCGGCGGCUUGCAAAGUGGCGGCUGUGCCCGCCUCUCCCUCCCCGCCUCGGCCAUUUUUUGAGUUUGACUGGCGGACGAUUCAUAUGACAUGGCUUUUUUUUUUUUCUUUCUUAGCGCUGUUCCAGGCCAAAGUCCUGUCGUUAAUGUCUUGUUUUCGUCGCCUGCCUAUUGCUAAGGUUCAAUAGUGCAUGAGGCCCUUGACAUCUCUUAAAGGUGGUGAUACUUUAGCCGCGGCGAGUUUUAGAUGCCGCUGCUCCAGUUAUAUGGCAGGUCAGUGGAUUUCCUUAGUCUAAUCUGAGGUUUAUCUCGGCACCGGCUUGGAAGAGAUACACGGCGGUGAUUACCGUCAUUUCGCCAUAAGGUGACGCAGAAAUAGGGGGUCAGAUAUAAAUAUCUUUGCGUGGUCGUAUUGCCUGCCUGGCCCCAAUCGUCACACUAGCUGUUUGUGAGGUAGUCUUGUGGCAAUACAUUUGUAGACUUUCCUGUUUCGCUGGAUUUCUAACAUGUAAAGUGCGGUGUAUAUGCAUGUGUUCGUAUACAAGGACACACAUAGGCAUCUGCUAAUAAUUUUUUCCCAGCUGAAAGAACACAAAUUUUGUUCUUGCCAAUUUUUUUUUAAAUACUGGGGCUUUAGGCUAAAACAGCGUUUAAUCUCCCAGACUAUAAUAAAUGGGGUGUUUUAAUAUACUUUUCGGCCUGUGGUGUGGGAAAUGUGGUCCUUGACGUGUACUUUAUCAGUGAUUAGCCUGCUUGUACCAGACCAUUCCAUCAUCUGGCGUUUGAAUGUAGGAUAAAGCGAUGGGAUGGGGGGGGGGAUGUUAUUUUUUAAAUGCAUGUAACCAAAGUAACAAUUGAUUUAACAAAUGGAAGUCUUGCACUUUCUUGGCUCGGCAAAUUGACUUGUUGGAGCGUAUAACCAAAAUAGAAUCACUCAAGAUAUUUUUUUGAUUGGGGAAAUCAAACUAUCGGUCUUUGUGAUACAUAGAUGACUCGACAAAACCCUGUUAUGAGUGAACGCAUGCCGAAUGUAUUCAUGUAUAUGUGUGUAACUGGCCAUUUCUGUGGCCAGUUUCUGCAUGAGAAAGAGAGUUAGAUUGAAAUCUAUAUAGAUGGGAAAAAAUGGUUGGUUUUGUUUAGAGAGAUUUUGGUAGCCAGUUUUCCCACAGCCAUUUUGAAACAUUCUUUGCACAAGACGAUUUAGAUUUUCCCACAGUGCUUUAGACCCUUGAAGUACUUUAAGUCAGGGGAGAGAGGAGGAUGUGUUCAAAGGAGAAGGUAAAAUACCACGCACACAGACACCUUUGCAAUCCUUAGGCUCACUUGCGCUAUGGUGACUGGAUUUUGAGGGCCUUUGGCUAUACAGUCUAUUUUCGAUCCCUUUAUUUUUCAUUUUAACAUUCAAAGAAAAUAGACGUCUGCCUUGCUGACUCUAGUGUGCCUUUCCAUGGGGAAAAAGCACCCAUUCUUUAGUUCUCCUCAUUGAAUGAAAUAGUCCCAGCCAUUUUCCCUUUGGCCCAAUCUCCCCCCCCCCUUCUCUCCCCAAAUUUGGAGCGCUCGGUUGUGUUUAUCAGCGGCCAUUGCCGUGGUUUCCACUGUUGGUUCAGGAGGGGGCAGACGAGCCUGAGCUCUCCAACGAUGUGCACAAUGUCUGCCACUGCUUCUUUACCACGCCGCCCUCACUGAGUCAGAGGGAGGGAGGCGGUUCACGUGGAGCUCUGCUGGCGGACUUACGGGCCGGAUGUGCCCGAUCAGCCUGUAGGGGGCGCUGAUGCACAGGGAGACGCUGUCGUCUCGGCUGAAUGAAGCGCUCCUGACCCUGGACGAUGCUGGAGCCGGCUGUACGUGGCCCUGUUGGGGCUGGGGCACCAGUAUGGCCCGGAUUCACUACCAGACUGUAGGGCCCACAAAUGCACUAGAACAGUGCCUUAACAGGACAAGCCACCCAGCAGCCCCUCAUCAGCCCGAUCUGCACUGAGGUGCGUGUGAUCCCGAGCGGGUCCAUCCAGUGCCAGUCCCAGUACCAGGCCCGUUCCCGUGGACUCAGACCCUCUACGUAACCAUUACUGCUUUUAUUCUUCCUUUUAAAUGAUGAAUUUAUUUAUUGGCCACUUGCUGCUGAUGUCAUGGAUUCUGAGGAGGAGCCAUGGAAAUGAUUGACAGACUGAUCCACCCUGGGGAGGCGGUGUCAUCUGGUUGGUGUUGUCAGGCAGGCUUUGUGGGAGACUGCCGGCUCUGCGAGAGAGAGAGCAAUAGAGAGAGAGAGAGAGGGAGGAUUUGGGAAGAUCACGUCACAUCACAAAGAAAGCCACUGGGCGGAAGCGGAUAUCUGCACAUCACAGGACUGUCCAAAUAAGGGAAGGACUCGAGCAUUGAAACGCAUGCGUUUCAUUAUUGGCAUUGUGUGUGCGUGGGCGUGUGUGUGGCAUGCAUGUUUCAGUGUUUUCUGCGUGUGUGCGGUUCCAUCGGUGCACGUGUGUGUUUGAGUGUAUUCUCUGUGUGUGCGUGUGUGAGUGUGGUUCCAUG